CUCCGCUGUUUUCGUGAUUCAGUUUUUGUCUUGAAACUUCAAGAUGCCUGAGCCUGCGAAGUCUGCCCCUGCCCCGAAGAAGGGCUCUAAGAAGGCCGUCACCAAGGCGCAGAAGAAGGAUGGUAAGAAGCGCAAGCGCAGCCGCAAGGAGAGUUACUCCGUCUACGUCUACAAGGUGCUGAAGCAGGUCCACCCCGACACCGGCAUCUCAUCCAAGGCGAUGGGCAUCAUGAACUCCUUCGUGAACGACAUCUUCGAGCGCAUCGCCGGCGAGGCUUCCCGCCUGGCGCACUACAACAAGCGCUCGACCAUCACCUCCAGGGAGAUCCAGACUGCCGUGCGCCUGCUGCUGCCUGGAGAGCUGGCCAAGCACGCCGUGUCGGAGGGCACCAAGGCUGUCACCAAGUACACCAGCUCCAAGUAAACUGGGCCAAGAGCAGAAAAUUGGCUUUAAACACAGCUUUCCUUUCAUUGGACAGUGCUUCUUCUCUAAAAUACCUAAUGAAAAUGAGUAAUACUGGAAGAUAAAUGCAACAAUUUUUAACAACCAGGAACGAAUCAAUGAGACCCUGGUAUAACACUUUCUUCAGAGUAUAAUUCAUUGUAGAAAUUUAUAGAAAUAAAUAAAGAAAAUCAAAAUGA